CAAGUAAUAGAGAGAGAAGCUGAAAGAGAGACUGGAAACAGUGGAUGCUAAGAGCAGCUCUGUGCUCUCUCUCUCUCUCUGUGUAGCAAAGCUUGAUUAUUUAGUGCUAAUGGCAGAAGAAAACACAGAGAGGAACGGAGAAAAUUCUCAGCUCGGUAGACCGAGGGCGGGAAUAAGGCCAGCUCUGUUUUGAAAGCAAUAAAGAAAUGGAGUCUCUCCCAAACCGACGAAAAAGCUGAAAAGGGCUCCCAAGAAGGCGACUUUCUUCUUCCCCUCACAUGCAUUCGGUCCAAAGAGUGAUCUUCUCUGGUUUGAAAAACGUUUUGGGCAUUAGCUGGUGGUGAUCUGUGGAGGAAUUGGGGCAUUGGUGGGUAUGGACUAUGGAGGUGGAAUCCAAGUGCCAUUGACCUGUUAGAUGAUUGAGAUAGCAAGAUGGACCGCCGGAGUUGGCUUUGGAGGCGGAAGUCGUCCGAGAAGAGCCCCGGUGAAACUGAGAGCUCAGGAUCGGUGUCGUCUCAUUCUGAGAGGUACUCAGAUGAUCAGGAGGCAGUGAAGGGUUCUUCAAAUAAUUCUUCCCCAAAUCAUGCCCAGUCACCAGAGGUUUCAUCAAAUGUCGGUGAUAGUGAAGUCCAUGAAAGUGUGAAGAGUUUGACCGAGAAACUCUCAGCUGCUCUUCUGAACAUCAGCGCUAAAGAGGAACUGGUCAAGCAACAUGUGAAAGUUGCAGAAGAAGCUGUUUCAGGCUGGGAACAGGCAGAAACUGAAGUUGCAGCUCUGAAGCAGCAACUUGAAGCUGCAAACCAGAAAAACUCUGCUCUUGAAGAUAGGAUUGGUCACCUUGAUGGUGCCCUCAAGGAAUGCGUCAGGCAGCUCCGCCAAGCAAGAGAGGAGCAAGAGGAAAAAGUCCAUGAUGCUGUCACUAAGAAGACCCAUCUGUGGGAAUCUGAGAAGCUUGAGCUUGCGAAGCAGCUUGUUGAGCUCAAAGCACAGCUGCAAGCUGCAAAAUCUGAAGCUGCUGCUGCUGUUGACCUUGGUCUUAAAGCAAAAAUUGAAGCUGCUGAGAAAGAAAAUGCAGCUCUCAAGGUUGAACUACUAUCUCAAUCCAAGGAUCUCCAGAUGCUGACACUAGAGAGGGAGCUGAGUAAUCAAGCAGCAGAGACAGCCAGCAAGCAACAUUUAGAGAGCAUAAAAAAGGUUGCUAAACUUGAAGCUGAAUGCCGUAGGUUACGGUCUACAGCAUGUAAAUCACUACCAGUUAAUGAGCACAAGCCUGUUGCAAAUUCAAUUUGCAUGGAAUCUGUUACUGAUAGCCAAUCAGAUAGUGGGGAACGGUUGCUGAGCAUGGAUAAUGAGCCAGGCUGCUCAGAUUCAUGGGCAUCAGCUUUAAUUGCUGAACUUGAUCAGUUCAAGAAUGAUAAGGCCAGUGCAAGAAACCUUACCACUUCUAUAGAGAUUGACCUGAUGGAUGAUUUCCUUGAGAUGGAGAGACUAGUUUCUUUGCCUCAGGCCAAUUGUGUAAGCUCUAGCUUUGAACCUGAAGUUGAUUCUGACAGAGUUGCUAUGAGAGAUAGCCCAUUAAGAGUCGAAGCAUUGCAUCUUCAGUUAGCUGAAUUGGAAGAAAAAGUUGCAAAAAUAGAAAAUGAGAAAGCAGAAUUGGAGAUGGCUUUAGUUGAUUCGCGAAAUCAGCUUGAGGCUUCUUGCAAUCAGCUCACAGUUGCUGAGGAUAAGUUGCUUGAAGUGCAGAGGCAGUUAGACCUGGCCAAUGAAUCAAAACAAGUGGCCACAGCAGAAGUGGUGUCUGUGGAGGCAAAGAGAAAGGCACUGGAGGCUCAGCUAGAAUUGACAGAACAGGAAGUCAGAAAGCUAUAUGAUAAGGUGUGUUUGUUAGAAGGAAAAAUUGAGGGUGAGAAGGCACUGUCUGCAGAACUUCAAGCUAGGGCAGAUGCUGCAGAGGCUGCUAGAAAGGUAUUGGAGUCUCAGCUUGAGUCAGCUCAUUUGGAAGUUGGUAGUCUGAAUGAAAUGGUGGGUCUAUUAGAAAGCAAGGUGGAGGAGGAGAGGGCAUCAUCUACAGAAUUUGUGGCGAACAUUCGUGCUUUAGAGGCUGUGAGAAAGGCAUUAGAUUCUCAGCUUGAGUCUGCACGUUUGGAAGUCAAUAAGCUACGUGAGAAGGUGGGUUCCUUAGAAGUGAAAGCUGAGGAGGAGAGGACUAAAUCUACAGAAUUUGCAUCUAAAAUAGAGGCUGUGGAGGCAGCAAGAAAGUCAUUAGAAUUCCAGCUCGAGACGGCAAAUUUGGAAAUAGGAAAGCUGCACAAUAAGAUGGGUUUAUUGGAAGUACAAGUUAGUAAGGAAAAGGCAUUAACUGCAGAAUUUGCAGCAAAGUGUCAGAAAUUGGAGAGUGAGGUAUCAAGGAUAAAGCAAGACACUGAGCUCUGGCAAGUUACAAGCUCAAAUGGAGACCUGAAGAUUAAAAAGGAGAAAGAGCUUGCUGUGGCUGCUGGGAAGCUGGCAGAGUGCCAAAAAACAAUCGCCUCUCUUGGCCAGCAGUUGAAAUCGCUGACAACUUUAGAUGACUUCAUGCUUGAAGCUGAGAAGCUAGAAUUAAACGGAGGCUCACCAGAUCUUAUACUGCAUUCUAGUUAUUCUUCGGAAAAGAUAAGCAGCUAUUCUUUCCCGAAUGGAAAAGAGAGGGGGUCUCCAUCUUCUUCGCUCUCAUCCUCAUCCUCAACUCUUUCUGGGUUUGCAAGCUUGUUGCCUCGAAGUAGGAGCAGCAGCUAUAUAGAAAACUAGUAGAACAUGGAAAAGCUGAAAGUUUGAAUGGUUUUGGUGUCCACUGUAUUGCAAAUGUACAUCGAAAAGAAGUGUUCUGUUAGAUUAUUGGUGGGAUUUUCUUUUCUUUUCCCUUUUUCUUUUUGGUGGUUGAUGGUGAGAUGUAUAAUUUCCUUUGUUAUAUCAAAAUCCUAAGAUAAUUAGCAGAAGUGAAGAUUGCAGGGCUGUAACUUUCUGCGCUUCUUUAAGAUGUUUUUUUUUUCAGUACUUAAAAGAGGGGAUGAAAGCUUUUGACCGAAUGGACCGAACUUUCAUCUCUCUUGUUACUUGUUUGUAGAA